AUGGGGAAUGUUGAUCAUACUCUUGCCUUUCCAUCAUACGAAUCUUUGCUUCGAGCUGGGCCAGCCGUCUCUCCUAUACAGCACCCUAUGCGAGUGCAGCUCGAACAAGCUGGUCUCUCGCCCGGACACCGAGUCUUCUUCCUCCUGCCCAUGCGGAUCAGUAUUGCAUCGCCUGCUAGUGCCAGAGCAUCGAGACAAAUGCAGCAUCAGGCUGCAGGAGGACUCACCGACAAUUCUCGCACGCCUGGUGCAGACGCUUAUGCGAUCGACCGCCAUACAUGA